CGUCUUUACUUGUACUCGCACCUGCGACGUGCAUUUAGGUUGGCUACGUUUGUCCUCAGAAUUCGAAUGGAUGGAAUGGAUAUGGAAAAAAUCCGACUGAAAAUACACGUUGCAAAGUUUUCUUGUAGGUUGCCAUGAAGAGAAGAUCAACAGAAGCGAUGUGUUCAGUCUGGUGACCCGCCCUUGAUCAAUUAACUGUUUGCCAGCAGUCGAGUAUUGAUAUUUAAAGUUGAUAACGAGACCAAAGCCUUAAACUAUGGCUUGAUGCCGUUUUUGUGCUUGACCUGGCCGUUUUACAAGGUCACCUGAGUUGACUCCACCCUGUUUAUGGCCGCAGAAUCCCGGCUGGAGUCUUCCCUGCGCCGCUCUGCCAGUCUGGGUCUGCAAGUGCUUCAGCGUGCCUCCCGGCGAAAUGUAGACUGGAACAACAUUCGUGCAUCGCACUCCGCCACAUUUACAGAUGUGCAGACAGGCUAUGAGAGAGCUAAAAUGCACACGCAGCUGAAUGAAGCUUUUGCAAGCAUGGCUGACUUCAUGGCCCACACAACACAUCAAUGCAUGAGGUUCUACCAGUCAGACUGUUGCACUGACAGAAGCCACAUGGAAAAGGAGCAUGUGCAGCGGUUCCAUUCUGGUCCUGCUCCUGGCCCCAGUACAGCUGCAGCGACAACCAAGAGACGUGAGCGAGUCUCAGCAGCUGGUGAAGAUUUCAGCAUAGAGGUUGCAGCAGGAACGUACUCUGUCACCGCCAGUGUGGACGAGUCUCAGCAGCAGACACAGGUGGUCACCCUCACACCUGGGGAAAGUGUCCACCUCACCUUCAGCCUCUGACUCCUGUUCCAACAGAAUUUCUCCUCAUAAUGGUCUCACCUAAAUUUGUACUCGUAAAUGUGCAUUCUUUGCUGAUAUGUUUUAUAUUUUUGCUUUAAAGUUUGUAUUGCUAUUUAUGAAUAACAUAUUUUAUCUCUCUGGAUGUGCUUUACAUGCCACCAGUAUCAUAA